AUGCAAUACCUCGACCGCCUCCUCGGCACCCUGAGCAUCAACGAGAACUACCAAUCAUCCGACGAUGUCACCCAGCUUUCGGCAAAGAACCUGCACACAUACCUCAGCAAAGUCAUGUACAAGCGCCGCUCCGACUUCAANCCCCUAUGGAACGCCAUCCUCGUUGCAGGUCUCGAUGACAAGAAGAAGCCCUUCCUGGCCAGCGUUGACCUUCUCGGCACCACCUUCAGCGCCCCAACACUUGCCACCGGUUUCGGUGCUCAUCUCGCACAACCCAUCCUCCGUCGCGCAGUGCCCGACGAGGAGGCAGCAACCAAGUUGACCAAGGAAGAGGCCGUCGAGACCAUCAAGGAGUGUAUGAAGGUUCUCUUCUACCGUGAUGCCAGGAGUUUGGAUCAAUACAGCAUUGCCGUUAUCGAUGGUCAAUCAGGUGUUGACCUCAAGGAGUCGGAGAAGCUCGAAAACCAGAGCUGGGCAUUUGCGGAAGGCAUCAGAGGUUACGGAACCCAGACAGCAUAG